UAUUUAUACAAAUUUAAAACAGUUUAUUUGGAUUUCUUUACUGCUCACAGUUUAAAAGCAAGAGCUUUUAAGUUUCAAAACAGGUUUUUCUUACAUCAAAGGUUAAGACUCAAGAUGUCUGAUAGAGCAAAAUCCACCCUGUGCAGUAAUCCGUAUAGAUUUAGACAAGUUGAUUAUGAUACAGAUGCACUAAACCCUUACCCAGCUGGAAAUUGGAUGGAGCUGGAACAAAUAGAUAAGUCGGCACUCUUACAGGAGCAUGGUAAGGGGGUAGAGACAAGGAGUAGUGCUGCUACAGAUGAUGAGGGAAUGAGCAGUUCUGACAAGACAGAAGAGAUUGAGGAAGAUACAGAAGAUAAAAGAGACAACAUCUUAAGAGGCCCAAUUUGGAAUUACGGAAUAAGAAAUUUGAACUUAGAUACAGAUUAUUACAAUAAUCUUCUAUUUGGAGUACCCUUUAAAAGUAUUGAAACACCUGAAAACAUGAUCUUAAAAGGAGAGAAAUGGACCUCAUCCAAGCGGAUUACUUCUUCACUUGCAGUUUUUAUUUUGAAGAAACUUAAGAAAAUGGGGUUCGAGAAAACUGCUCUGAUGGAGUUAGAGACUGGCCGCACAUUAAGCUAUGGAGAGUUAGCCAAUAAGGUGGAGUCGCUAGCAUGUGGUCUACAUUGGCGAGGUGUUCAACCAGGGCAGAUCAUAGCUAUAGUCAGUUUCCACAGUCUGGAGGCCCAUAUUCUGGUCUUAGCUUGUCUUUUGAUUGGUGCAGUUGUUGCUUUUAUCGAUUCAUCUCAAAGCCCUGCUGAGUUGAGCAUAUCACUGCGCAUGACGGGACCACACUUGCUGUUCACGGAAGGGGGCAAGACGCUUUCCAAGGUUGAAACGGCUGUUGGAUAUCUAGAGAUGGCAUUGCACAACCCUAAACCUCAACUUAUUAUUAACUCCACUACAAUGCCGAAGUCUGCUAACUACUUGCUGUUCCAUCAGCUUUUCAGAGAGGUUGAGCCAGUUGUUGGCCCCCGCCAAGCUGACCCGCUCAGACCCAUCAUGAUACUCUACACUGGCAGCUCUGACAACCCUAGAGCUUGUCUCAUUGCUGAGCGGUACUUCACUCACAGCAAAGCUUUUGUAGACACAGUGUUGCCAGAGUCAGAUGAGCCAAGCAUUACUGUCAUGGUCACUCCACCGAUGUACUGCGCUCUUGCAAUCAAAACUGUGCUGAACCACUACGUCGACGGUCAUAGAAUUGUCUUGUGUCGUGGCCAGAUCCCCGUCCCUUGCCUGAUCACCGCACUGCGCAAGUUUGAGGUGUUUGCCAUCCUAACUAUCCGUGAUACACUGAUGGCUCUAUUAGACUGGCCAGCAAAACCAAGAUGUCCACAACUAAAGCUAGUGGCUGUGACAGGUGUACCACUACGGUUGAAGAACUUGCUCCGGGUGCACAAAGAACUUUUCAAGAAACAAGUACAAAUACUGCAGCUUUAUGGUUUAGUAGAGACUGGGACUGCAGCUGCAAACACAUUUGUAGAAAACAAACAUGGCUCUGUUGGAAAACUAUUUUAUAAUGUUGAGAUGAAGGUUCUAGAUGAAGGUUCUGGUAUGCCAUGUGGUAUCAACCAAGAGGGUCAACUUUGCGUUCGCUCUCCCACAAUGAUGCUCGAGUACUACAAUAACCCGACAGCCAACAAUGAGACAAUAGACUCAGAGGGGUUCAUACACACGGGUGACCUCGGCUUCUAUGAUGAACAAGGCUUUGUCCAUGUCACUGACCGUGUGCGUGAAACGAUCAAGUGGAGAACUUAUCUGGUGAGUCCAUCAGUGAUAGAAGAAGUAUUGCUGGAGCUUCCUCAAGUCAAGGAGGCAUUGGUUUUUGGAUUGUUAGACGACGAAGAUGGAGAACUGGUCUCAGCGGCUGUUGUAUUGGAACUGGGACAUGAACAUACAGACAUACUUGUCUUAGAAAAGCAGGCUAAUUGUUUGCUGCCCUUUCAUAGAAAGAUUCGAGGAGGGAUCUUUAUUUUUAAUCAGUUUCCUCGUUCUACGAUAGGCAACCCCAUGAAAGCACAUUUACUCCAGGAAGUUUUAGCCCGAUUAAACAUGAGCAGGAAGAGACACACUGCCUAAUGACAUACCCAAACAGUAUUGUGACAAAACUUUGACAGGAGAAUAAAAUUACUGUACAGUAUUAAAAAAAAUAUUUUCCUCUGAAACACUUUGUUUGUGUGGGUCUGAUAGAGAAUUGAGAGGCAAAAUGUAUAACAAAUCCAUAAAACAUAUAUUCCUUUUAGAAAUAAAACUAUUAAAUUCUUAAGAGUUUUUUAAGUCCCAUUUUAAUUGCUGUGUAUUAAGAGUCUUCAUCACUCUCAGUGUAGUUGCGUUUUGGGGAUAUGUCCUUGGGGGUAAGGUGUAAUGAACGGGAGGGUGGUGCGGGGUCAUUAUGCGUGCCAUUCUGAAAACAUCGUAAACACACGACUACUAAAUCGACGUGUCAGUGAUUCAUCUGCUGCCUGAGCCAAGUUUUGUAAAAGGCUAGUAGCGCAGUAGCCUCCGACAAAACAUGUUAAUUUCGUACCCCGUUUCGGACGCUGUUUUUCAUAAGAUUUUCUUGAAAUUUGGUAUCAAUGUAGCUGAAUAGUUAUAUUAGAGCUCUUACUUAUUAUUAUUACUUUAGGACUUG